AUGGCAGAGACUACUGCCGCUUCCACCAAGCCCGUUCACACAAUUGUGCUGGACGCCGGCCCGAUUCUUAAAAAUACCCCGCCGCUUUCCACACUACUUGCCCAGUGCGAGGAAAUUAUCACCACCCCCUCAGUGGUGGCCGAAAUCCGCGACCCCGAUGCCCGCGCUCGUGUUGAAACUCUCUAUCUGCCCUUCCUGAAGCAGCGUUCGCCCACCCCCAAGAGCUUCAACAUUAUCAGCGAGUUCGCUCGCAAGACUGGUGACCGGUCUGUUCUGAGCAGAACCGAUAUCGAGGUACUCGCGCUUGCAUAUGAGAUUGAGUGCGAGAAGAACGAGGGUGAUUGGCGCCUGCGAAGUGUUCCUGGACAAAAGAGGAUCAACGGGAAACCACCCGUCAAAGAAGAGCCGACAGAGGCCAAGGAUGAACCUGCUGAUGUGGAGGCCGUUACCGAGGGCGUGAAGGAUACCACCGUCGCAGACGUCCAAGAAGAGCCUAAAAAGGAGGAAGAGGUUACCGCAGUUGAGGAGACCAACGAGCUUGCUGAGGCUGCUGUCGAAAUUGCCGACGAAGAGGCCGCUGACGAAGAGGAGGAAGACAAUGACGAUGCCGCUGAUUCUGACGGCGGAGAAUGGAUCACGCCUACGAACUAUAAGAAGCGCCUCGCUCAAGAUGACUCGGGAUUAGCGACUCUUACGGCUGCGCCGAAGACUAUGCAGGUUGCAACCAUGACUACUGAUUUCGCUUGUCAAAACGUUCUGCUGCAAAUGAAUCUGAACCUUCUGUCUACCACGACUCUUCAGAAGAUCCAGCACCUGCGAACUUUCGUCAAGCGCUGUCACGCUUGCUUCUUGACCACCAAGGAAAUGAACAAGCAGUUCUGCCCUCGCUGUGGUAAGGAUACCCUCACUCGUGUUUCCUGCACCACCACCGCCAAUGGCGCCUUCACCAUGCACCUGAAGAAGAACAUGCAGUGGAAUAAACGCGGCAAUGUAUACAGCGUCCCCAAGCCCGUUGCCGGCAGCGCGAACGGCAAGUGGAAGGGUGGUGGUGGCCAGCGAGGAUGGGGCCAGGAGCUCGUCCUCGCCGAGGACCAGAAGGAGUAUAUCCGUGCCAACGAGGAAGAAGAGCGCCGCCAGCGCCGCGAGCGUGAUCUCAUGGACCAAGACUACCUGCCUGGUAUCUUGACCGGCGAGCGUAACAGGGCUGGCGGUCGUACCAAGGUCGGUGCUGGCCGCAAUGUCAACUCACGGAAGCGCUGA